CAGAUAUGAAAUACAUGAUUGUUGUAUUGUUAGCUUUAGCAGCCACAAGUUAUGCUUCAAAAACAUAAGAUCAAAUCUUAGCACUUUUAUAAACUGGAACAAAAGCAAGUGAUGCUAUUGAUACAGUGUUUGGAUUGUUGAAUGAUUUGAAAUAAUUCAAAUAUUGAUGCUUAAUUUGCAGCAGAUUAAAAGAAUGAAACAGAUGAAUGGGUUGGUGCUUAAACUAUUGAAUAAUUCACCAAAAUCAAAACUUUGAAUUAAAAAUUAUUCUAACAAGCUGUUGAAAAUAGAGCUGAAUACGAAUAAGUUUUAUCACAAACCAAAAAUUAUUUG